UCCCCUAUUUCCUCCCCACGCCAGUCUCGCGCUAUUUUAUAAUAAUUGACAAAGUCAGCAAAUUCUUUCGGAAGUGUUUUAUCAGUGUCGUAAAUAUUUGAUAACGCAGCAAAAUGCUAAAUAAGCGUCAACUAUAAUUUUGGUUGGGUUUCCUAUUGAAGUAACGAAAUUGACAAAAAGGUACAAUCAGUUUACAUUCCUACCCAACAAGUCGGUUAUUUGGGCCAAUAUGAGUUUCGAAAACCCUAUGAUUUACAACGAGAUACUGCAGAGAAAAGGUCUUUUGGAUGAUAUUUACAAAGCGGUAAACAAUUUAGACGGGUCAGCGGUAUUAGAAGCUUAUAGAGUCCUUAGUAUUACUAAGGGAUUCCCUCGUCUGCACUCGCACAUUAAGAAUAAAGACAAGUCUUCCGUAUUUCGCAGCCAUGGGAAUGACUUUUACCAGGAGGAACAAUACCAAAUGGCAUUAGAAAUGUAUAAUAAGGCUUUACUCUUUGCUCCAAAGGGUUCCAUAGAAAUGCUGCAUGCAUAUGGCAACAGAUCAGCACUACUAUUCAAUUUAAAUGCAUAUUCUGCAUGCCUGAAAGACAUUGAGACUUGUCGCAAACUUGGGUGCACCGAGGACUUGGCAAAAAAACUGAAUAAGAGAUAUGAACAAUGUAUGGAAUCAAUGUGGAAAGAAAAUCUUAAAAACAACAUAUUGCUGUGCAAUUGGACUCAAGAAUAUUUCAAGUUUAAUGUGAAGAAAAAUGCUGAUAUACCUUGUUUAUCUGCUGAUGUGGAUAUAAUUACUGAAAAUGAAGAACACAAGGUAGUUGCCACCAAGGAUAUUAAAGUUGGUACGGUAGUAGCUAUAGAAACUGCAUUUAUCACUCAUUCUCUCCCGGAUAAAUGUCUCGUGUCUUGCCACUAUUGCCAAAAGACGGCUUUCAAUUUGAUGCCUUGUGACAACUGCUGUGUUGCACUCUUCUGCAGCUUGCAGUGCAAGGAGCGCUGUCUGAACGAGUACCACAACAUUGAAUGUCAAAUAAUGGAUAUUCUGCUCACAAUUGAUGCAGGACACAAGUUCCGUUUAGCAAUCAAGACUUUCUUGAAACUGAAGACUCUUUGCAAGGACUGGAGCACACUGAUUAAAGAAGCAAAGAAUAUUGGGCCCAGCAGACUAAGUGAGAGCUCAUUGAGCGAAAUAUACAAUGUUGAAAAUUAUUCUUCAAUAUUAUGCUUCAAGGAAGAUAGGCGUUUCGUUUUUGGCACACUGUAUAACAGCGCAUUUAUUUAUGCCUCAGUGUUGCAUCGGUUAGAAAGAGUCCUUGGAUUCUUUCCUCAAUCAAAAUCUGAAGGCGUUGAAGCGAAGAAGUGCUUCGGGAAGCUGUGCCUGACGUUGCAGUUGAACUGCCCGGCUACAGAAGUGGUCACUUCUGCUGAUGAACUCUCCGUUGGUCAGAUUGUGACUGACAUGCCUCCUCACUUCGGCUGGUUCCCGUUUACUGGGAAGCUGAAGCAUUGCUGUGAAGCGAACCUGCUGGGGCUUGGGUUGGACAACCGCUUGGCGCUGAUAGCUAUAAGACCUAUUAAGAAGAUGUCUGAGCUGACAGUUUCCUUUGUGGGUCACUGGUAUGAGAACCUGUAUGAAGACCAGCGCCGGCUGAAACUGUACCAGAACAUCCUGAAUGUGUGCACCUGCCGGGUCUGCGCUCAAGGCUGGGACAGAAACAGCUUCCGGAGACUCGACAUAGAUGCUAAGCUAAAGAAGGCAUACUCCUCCUGGAACACCACUAGAAAGACCGGCGUGAUGCCGCAGCGAGACCCGGCAUUCUUCCGCGAGACGUGUUCAGCGCUGGCUCUGUUCGACGACGUCCCCAACACUAAGGAGCACUACGAACUGUUCCGGGAACUGCGCACGCAGCUCAGCCUAGCCCAGUUCGCGACCUCCAGCAAUAUUGUCAUUAAUCGCUAAGAUUUUAAGUUAAAUAUUUGAAGACGUGAAGACAUUUACAUGUGUCGCCAGCAUAAGAGUUCCAAAAAACUACCAAUAUGGCCGCCGAAUGUCAUAUUGACACUUGUAAUUUUCAUAUAUUAUCAUCAGACUAUCUUACCAAUGCAAUAUUUAUAUUAAAUACACUAAUAGAUAUACAAUUGGAACUCAUUUGUGAUAGAAAAGCCCAUAUUACACUUUUGGUAGCUUUUGGCGGCCAUUUUGGUAGUUUUAUUGUGGUUUCAGUCCAUUUUGAGACGUGCUCGCUGGCUCUGUUCGACGACGUUCCCAACACUAAGGAGCACUACGAACUGUUCCGGGAACUGCGCACGCAGCUCAGCCUAGCCCAGUUCACGGCCACUAGCAAUAUUUUGAUAAACCGUUAAGUUGCAGAGUAUAAAAAUUGUUUAAUCGUCAAUAGCUAUGUCCACACUGCCCGCACGCUUUUACAGAACUAUUUUGAACAGCUGACCGAGGGCCGCCAUCUUGCCGAGCAAAUUUGCUCGAGCGGGGCAAACGUGCGCGCAUGAGCACGGACGUUUGCCGCGCGAGGCGUGCGGCCAGUGUGGACCCGGCUAAUGAGGUCUGUGAAGACAUUUACAUAUAUCGCCAGCAUAAGAGUUACUAUAAUAGAAACCAUAAUUAAAUUCCGAAAAUCUACCAAAUAUGGCCGCCGAAUGUCAUAAUAGAGAUUUUAAUAUAUAUAUAUAUUUUUAUAUACCUAAAUACACAAAUAGAUAUUUACUUAAAACUCAUUUGUAGUAGAAAAGUCAAUAUUACACUUGGUAGAUUUUUGAGGCCAGUUUUCAGUUUUGGUAUUUUUUUUAUUUGAUUUCUAGUAUUUAUGAUUAGUCGCUAAGAGAAACAUUCAUUAUUCUUUUUUUAUGCUAGCGACAGCACUGCUAGGCAAUGACCCCUUGACCAUGACUCCCGGUUGAAUGCCUCCGGCCAGUCACUGAAGAAUGAUUUAGGUUGCUACACCAUCUCCUCUUGGGCCUAUUUUUUUUAAAGAUUGUUAA